AUGAAGAGGAGCCUUGCCAACCCUCCAGCAUUUGCCAUCCCCCAAAGAUCUAGGAUUGUUCCUGCACCGAUAGCAACUCCAGCUGAUCCCAAGAAUCCACAGAAAAAACGGCAGAUCAAAAGUGUGGCAAAACUUUGUGCAGCUCCAGAAGCUCCUGCAAAAGCAACUAUGCUUGACGAGGUUACCAGUAGUCAAGGCACUACAGGAUCUGCAGCAGCUUGUGAUGGUGAUGGCGGCGGGACUCAGACUCAGAUUCAGGUUCAACCUGGUGCAAAUGUCAAUGCAAUUGGAACUGCAAAUCAACAUCCAUCCGAUCAGCUCCCCUGCAAGCUAACAUGGGAGCUAUUAUUGAAUGAUGAACGAGUUGUCCGGUAUGAGAACAAUCCGAAUAUCGCAGAUCUACCGCAAGAUGGAGAAAAUAUCAAAACGACCCAACCUACUGGCUCGGAAACAGCAGCCUCGCAUCUUCAGAAGAGUACAAAAGCUCAUCAGACACUUCGUGCGCAGCCAGGUGCUUGUGCUCCUUCAGACAUGGUUUCAGAUGUGCUGGAGUUCUAUCCUGAUAUCCAACUAGCCCUUCGGUUAUGGAAUGUGUACGUCAAGUCGGUCGAUCCGGUCCUCAAAAUUUUGCAUAUACCAACUGUCCAGUCUACUGUUCUUGCAACCAUCUUGGAACCCAGGUCCGCACAAUCUUCAACAGUGGCGUUGACAUUUGCCAUCUAUUUUGCCGCCGUCACGGCACUUUGUCAUGAUGAUGAUCAUGAACCCAUUGACCUAUCCUGCGAGAAACAGGCGCUUUUGAACCACUACAAGAUAUCCUUGGACCGACUACUCGUGGUAACAGAUCUCAUGAAACGACCUGAAAUAGAGGCAUUACAAGCUCUCGCAAUCUAUGUGACCUGUUUACGGGCCCACGAAGUUGGCCGGAGUGUAUGGGUCCUCAAUGGGCUUGGGAUUCGGCUCGCCCAAGCGAUCGGCCUGCACCGAGAUGGUGCCAGCCUCCGACUGAGCCCCUUUGAGACGGAAAUGCGUCUUCGUCUCUGGUGGCAUCUAUGUGUGCUUGAAUCCCGUGCCCCAGAAGAUCAAGGAUUUCGACCUACGGUUGAUCUCGUGAACCGGGAACUACGGCUUCCCUUGAAUGUGAAUGACAACCAAAUCUAUCCAGACAUGACAUGCUUUCCAGUGGAGUCGGAUGGUUGGACAGAAAUGUCUUUCUUUCUGAUUCAGACCGAGUCCUGCCGGCUACUACAUCCAGUUCUUGAUAGUCAUGAGCAACAUUCCGCAGAUGCUCUUCUUGAUGUCACAGAAAAGAGAAAGAUUCUCCAGCAGCGUUAUCAAUAUUUGGCAGCUAAAUAUUCGGGAACAUCCACCCAUCUGUCACGCCUCGCAAUUCAACAUGGGACCACUGCCUGUAAGAAAAUGGAAUUCGUGCUGCAACUACGAGAGGAGAUCAGCAUGCGAAAGCAAAAAGGGGCACAAGGUGAUACGACACCUGACGUGCUCAAGCCGUCCUUCAAAUUGGCCUGUGAUGGGCUGGAAAGUAAUUAUGUGUUAUCGAUUGGGGGACUUGGUUCCAGAUUCAAAUGGUUCUUCAACAUCUACACUCCAUGGUACGCCCUUGCCUACGUUCUACGCUGUCUCUGUAGCAGCCCCUGUGGAUUCGAGACAGAACGUGCCUGGGCUUUGGUUGAAGAGCUCUUCCCUCGCGCAAUGAGGCUCCACCGUCCUUCGGCGGGGAUCCAUGAUGAAUAUGGGCACGGUAGCAUUUGGAGAUAUAUCAAUCUGCUCCGAUGCCUGGCUUUAUCGUCGAGGCAGCGUACCCAGCUGUCUGUGGCCACCGCAGAUGUCGGGAUCCAGUCGUCCAACAGUGGUGAACAUUGUACUUCCCAGCUUCUUUCAGGUACCGAAAUCCCGCCGCCCACCGGCACGACAGCAACAGAACAUGGAACAUCCGGCCUCCCCGAAUUGGUCCAAGACUAUAUUCCUGAUUCCAGCCAAAGUAUCUUUUCGCCUUUGGAUCUGUCAAUGCCGGAAAUUCCAUUCUGCCCGGAUUGGAAUGCGGUCAUCCAUGGCUGCCUAAACGAUGAUGCUUACGAGAUAUAUCCAUCUUCCUUCGCCAAUCACCCUGCUGAUGCUGCACAAUUUUGA